CAUUUAUAAGGAAGUGUUCCCGACCUAUCUUAAAAUUGGUUUUCCACAAAAGGUGUCAUAUUUUUCUAUUUUCUACAUUAACUGAAUCAUGGACGUUCUACUAUGGUUCAUCAUAUGUUUAAUAUCUUAUCAUUUACCAGCUGUGGAAUUCAAUCACAGCAUAUAGAGAACAAUGGACGUAAGAAUGUGGUUCAGCAUAUGUUUUAUACCUUAUCAUAUGCAAGAUGCGGCAACUGUACGUGAAAAAGUUCUGUUUGCAAAUGCCAUUUCAAUUAUGGAAGUUGAUGUUGAUACAAAAGAUGUGGCUGUACUUAUCGGGCAUGGGGAUAGUCAUGGAGUGUUAUCUUUGGACUACGAUUCUCAAAACAAAUACGUUUAUUUUCCAAGAUAUAAUGCAAUGGACAUUGUGCGAUUCCCAUAUCCCUCACCUAGCAGAACAUUAGAACAUGUUGUGAAUACAUCGGCUAAUCCAGUAGGAGUAGCUGUUGACUCAUCCAAUGAUCAUGUCUACUGGGUUACUCCUUAUUAUUAUAGUGAUAGUAACAAAGUUUCAAGAUGCAAGUCAGAUGGAACAAACGUAGUUGUAUUUACAAGUCUAAAUCAGUAUACAUUUAUGAUACGACUAGAUCUUACAAACAGUUGGAUGUAUUUAGGUUACUACACUACAGGAAUAUCCAAAUCCAGAUUCGAUUUAACUGACAUAAGUAUGAUAAAAAACUUCACAUACGGCGGCUUUUCUCAUGUAAGCUCCAUGGAUAUAGACCUUUCUGAACAAAGGCUGUAUUGGAUGACUUACUAUGACGGCAUACAAUCAGUUAAUGUGGAUGGUUCUAAUGUUACAACAAUCAUUUCAAUAAAUUCACAAACUGCUCUUGGUGUAAUUGGGAAUUACAUUUACUAUACUGGAAAUAACAAUCAGUUAUUGAUGACGAGAAAAUCACAAGGAUCCACACCGACUGUCCUGUAUAACGACACCAGCUAUAUUAGAGGCAUAUACGGGUUUUAUUUAACAGGUAUGUAG